AAGAAGCAGCCGCAACUACUGGUAUCCGUCCAUAAUAUUUGCAUGAUGACAAGGUUAUAAAAAGUACAGUUCUGUAUUUUACUGUCUUUUUCGAGAUGUUUAUGCAUUAAGGUCGGCAGCAGUAGUUGUGCUGCAUACAUUUUGCCGUUUUUUUUUCCCGGGACAGGGGCUUUUAUGUUAAUGCUAACAGGUUAGCUUCAGUAUGAACUCUCUGGUUGGUUAUGGAGUUUCCUCUGGCAGUGAGGGAGAGGAGGAAGGUGUUAACGAAAGGACAGCUAACUCUCUACAGGAUGAAGAUGAUGACUCUGCCCCUGUCAGAAAGAGCCGCAAUUUCUUACUGGAGUCUGACGCAGCAUCAAGUGAGUCUGACUCAAGUAAGGAGGACCAGGAUCCAUCAUCAUCUCUUCCUCCACACCUCCAAACAGCCGGCUCUUCUGCAUCCUCCCGGCCCAUCCAGCAUCCACCCCCCACUGACGCUGUUACCCCUUCUAAAAAGUUACCCCCUCCAACGCUUACCGCCUCCUCUGACUGCAGCGUCUUCUCCAACCCCUUUAAAACACAGGCCGACCAGAAGCUCAGCGCUUUACAGAAACAUGUCCCCCUCACUAUGCAGGCGAAGCCCGCCCAGAUAGGGGGCAGAAAGGUGUGUGUGUCCUACAGAAAAGAUGGACGGUGCAGGUUUGGCAUCAAAUGCAAGUUUGCUCACGACAGCGACCUGCAGACUGCUGCUAUUCCAGGGGACUGUCAGUUAGUUACGAGCAAAGAGUCACCCGGGCCGGGUGGAGGAUCUCAGCGGGAGUGUAAUGAAAAAGAGGCUGAGCAGCAGCAGAUGAAGAAGAGGAGAGUUGGACUGAGUAACUCACUGAUUCCUCCUAAAAGAGCGCUGAAACAGUACUCCAUGCAGAGAGACAGAGAGCACAUCAAUAUGUCCCGAUGACUCAAAUGGGGACUGUGAAUAGAGUUCUGGGUCAGACAUUAUAUCAACGUCCUAGUGUCAGAUUUAUUUUUGCAUACUCUCUGAGGACCAAUUUGUGUUGGAGUGAAUGUUGACUUACCUGUAGAUAGUUGCACUGAACUGGUUUUAAGGAAAUCUCUCCUCAGAUCAUUCCUGAUCCUUUUAACGAGAUGCCUCUAAAAAGGGCAUGUAUCAGAAUUAGAAUAUAUAAAAGCAUGUGGUUGCCAUGAAGUUAUGCCAAGGUUUAAAACACAUUUGGUGCAACGGGGAUGCUGUGGACUGUUGCUCAGCUGGCUAAAAGAAGGCCCCACUCUACUGUCAAUUGUCAUCACAGCAGUACUGUGCGUCAAAUGUCUGACUGCGAGGUAACUGAAGAGAUUCUCUACUCUAGAAGGAGCAGAAAAUAAAUUAAAUUCUGCACAAAAAGCCCUCAAACUACUGCUUUAUUUUGCUUAAGCUGAUGUAUUAAUUAAAAUAUCAUGUAGAAAAUGCCAUUUAACCAUGCCUGGAGCAUAAGAAAAAAAAAAUUGGAUUUUCAUCAAGAAAUGACUUAACACGUUUAAAUAUUAAGACGUUUAUUAUCAGUCUUAUAAAUGGACUUACUG